AUGAGAGUUAAGAAGCCUACAUCGAAGAGAACAACCACCCGGAUGAGGGAAGGUAUAAAAAAAAAGGCCAAUGCUCAACAAAGAAAGAAUAGAAAAAACGCCAAGAAGGAUGUGACUUGGAAAUCCCGUGUUAAGAAGGAUCCAGGUAUCCCAGCCAGUUUCCCAUAUAAACAUAGAAUUAUUGAAGAAUUAGAAGAUCAAAGACGAGUAGAACGUGAAAAGAGAGAAGAAUUGAAAUUACAAAAACAACUUGAAAGGGAAGAAGCCUUGGCUAGAGGUGAAGCCAUCGAUGAUGAUAUGGAAGAUGAUGAAGAAGAAGAUGGUCAAGGUGGUUUAGCUGCAUUAUUAGAGUCUGCUCAACAAGCCGCUAAACAAUAUGAUGGAGAUGAUGAUGAAGAUGAAGAUGGAAUGGAAGAUGAGGAUGAUGAAGAUGUCGAAUACGAUAUUGAAAUCGAAGAUGAUGAAGAUAAUUCUGAAAUCGAUAAAUCCCGUAAAGCAUAUGAUAAAAUUUUUAAAACUGUAGUUGAAGCAGCAGAUGUCAUUUUAUAUGUAUUGGAUGCUAGAGAUCCAGAAUCUACUAGAUCCAGAAAAGUUGAACAAGCCGUAUUACAAAAUCCAGGUAAAAGAUUGAUUUUAGUAUUAAAUAAAGUUGAUUUAAUUCCUACCAAUGUAUUAAACCAAUGGCUCAAUUUCUUAAAAUCAUCAUUCCCUACUGUUCCAAUCAAAGCAUCACCAGGAGCUCCAAGUGCUAACUCCUUUAAUAAAAAUUUAACUUCAUCAAUGACUGCUACCUCUUUAUUACAAGCAUUAAAGAGUUAUGCUGCUAAAUCAAACUUAAAAAGAUCAAUUAUAGUUGGUGUUAUUGGAUAUCCAAAUGUUGGAAAAUCUUCUAUAAUAAAUGCCUUAACUAAUAGACACGGUAAUAAUUCUAAAGCAUGUCCAGUUGGUAAUCAAGCUGGUGUAACUACUUCAAUGAGAGAAGUUAAAGUUGAUAAUAAAUUGAAAGUAUUAGAUUCUCCAGGUAUAGUAUUCCCCGAUGAAAUCAUUAAUACUAAAAAAUUAUCAAAAGUUCAGCAACAAGCUAAAUUAGCUUUAUUAUCAGCUCUUCCACCUAAACAAAUAAUUGAUCCAAUUCCUGCUAUACAUUUAUUAUUAAAGAAACUUUCAAAAGAUACUGAAAUGGCUGAUGGAUUAAAAUCUUAUUAUCAAUUACCAGCUUUACCAUCAGCAGAUUUAAAUGAAUUUGCUAAACAAUUUUUAAUUCAUAUAGCUAGAAGUAGAGGUAGAUUAGGUAAAGGUGGUAUUCCUAAUUUAGAAGCUGCUGCAUUAUCAGUUUUGGCUGAUUGGAGAGAUGGUAGAAUUAUUGGUUGGACUUUACCAAAGGCUUCUAAAGCUACUGCUGAUAAGGCCUUAGAAGAUUAUAAUGCUGAUGCACCAAAGAGUUCUUUAAGAGGUGAUAAAGAACCUCCAAAAGUUGAACAAACUACUAUUGUCAAUACCUGGGCCAAAGAAUUCGAUCUUGAUGGUUUAUUAGGUGACAAUUUUGGUCUUGAAGCUUAA